UUUUAAGCACUACACCAAACUGGCUCUCAGGGGUUCGGUACCCCCGGUGAUACCCCAAAAUCGCCUUUCCCCCAUCCGGAAGAAGCCCAAGAGCGCAGAAUCCCUGCUGUGGAGGCCAAGGAAUCGGGCGCCUUAGCAGAGCGUUUCCUGGAAUGCGGGGUUGGAGCAGGUUUGGCUGUAAGAGCCCAGAUCAGAUAGAAAUAGAGAAAAGCUUGUAUUCAGACCAUGAACUCAAAUGUUUGGCAGAGGGUGAGCUUCUCCGUCAAAGAAAUAAAGAUAAAUAUGAUUUUGCUGAGAAGAUUGUCCUGGUCCAAGAUAUUGAAGAUAUGUGGGAACAGAAAUUUCAGAAGUUCAAACCUGCCCCACGGAUAACAGAUGCUGACCGAAACAAUGAUCGGACCUCUUUGAACAGAAAGUUGGACCAGAAUUUGCUGCUGCUGGUUAAGCAGAAAUUUGGGGAUGAAGAUAUAUGGGUAUUGCCCCAGACAGAAUGGCAACAUGGAGAGACUUUGCGAGACACAGUAGAACGGGUCUUGGUCACCCUCCCAGGAAUCCAGAUGCAGGCCAAGUUCCUAGGAAAUGCACCCUGCGGCUUUUACAAGUUCAAGUUCCCAAGGGCAAUCCGCACAGAGAGCAACACUGGAGGAAAGGUGUUCUUCUUCAAAGCCUUCUUGGAGGCCAGCCCCCAGUUUUCAUCCAAGGAGAAAUUGGACUACUUGUGGGUCAGCAAAGGAGAGCUGGGGGACUACUUGAAACCUGCCUACCAUUCCCAGGUUUCUCGGUUCUUAGUGGAUAUCUGAACACUAGAGCAAUUUUUCCUCUUCUUUCACCAUCAGUGCGGAAAGAAAGGGGAGUGACUUUAUUUUGACAGAGGAGAUGACACCAAGUAUGUUUUGUAUGUGUAGAAGCUAUGUUGGGUCCAGGACAAGGAUAAUAAAAUAAAGACUAAAUAAAAAAACCAAGAAACAGCAACAUCUA